GAACUUUUUGACAGGCUACGGCAAAUUGGUGAAUGAAGUGUAGUUUGGUUGUGUCAUUUAAUUUAAUUUCUUAUAAAUAAUCACUCAGGAUCAAAUAUUCUAAGCAUAAUGUUUGUGUUGAGAAGUUUAAGACAUUUGCAUUUGUCCGCCUCGAAAGGAAUUAAACCGGAUCAGCGUUUUAUGACAACACUAUUUCAACGGCAAAAUCCCAUCACCAGCUCUCCAGUUUUCCAAAACUAUAUUUGGCGACAGAAUUCAACAUCAUCUGCUCAGCCGGAAGGUACAAAUCAGAUUUAUUUUGGCACAUUAACGCCGAAAAUCCGAGCCGUAAAAGUGUUCUCACUGACUACAAGCAUUGUUGGUCUGGCUGCCCAGCCAAUGUUAAUUGAGAGAUCGUCGGAGCUCGGCGGAACAUCAAUUGUGAUUCUAGUUUGUAGCUUCGUGGGCUUCUUCACAUUUGUAACGCCACUCGUUUUGCAUUUCAUCACCAAAAAGUAUGUGACAGAAAUCAACUAUGAUCCAUCAAAAGAGGAAUACACCGCGACGACAUUGACUCUGUUUCUGACACGAAAAGAGACCAAGUUUCAAAUCAAGGAUGUUCGAGUGCCUGAGGUAGCUGGAAUGUUUACAACGUUUUUUGCCAAAAAUAGGCCACUUUUCGUUGAUGUCGAACUGUUCACUGAUCCCAGCCAUUACGUUAAAAUGAUGGGCUAUGACAAGCCCAUCGAUUUUCAUAUGAAGAUCAACGAUGGCGAUACGAAAGAGACCGGUAAACGGAAUGAGUAAAACAUGUGGAGAUCAUUUAGUAAUAAAGUUAUUGUUCAUGUUGACACAAAUGA